CGAUUUCCUCUCAGUCUCGUCGAUCAUCUCGAAGGAACAACACCGUAUGCUCAAAACCAGACAAUGGCGCAAGGCAGGCCACGCUUGAAGCUCUUAAUCAUCCUUUUGUUGGUUGAUUGUUUCGCCACGCUGCUUAUCAGCACGGCCCACGGCGAGGAUGAUAAAUCAUCUUCGGCAGAGGAAUCGUCGUCCGAGGUCGAUAUGAGCGAGUCCGAUAUGCAACAGGUCGGCGAAACGUUGAUUUCGGCCCAACUGAACGCGAUCAUCGAUCUGUACAAACAGGAAGAUCCAGUGGGGUUGCCCGGAGCUACCGUUCCAGAUCCGAUGCCCAUUCCGGAGAUCAAACAAUCCUUUUCGAUCGCUAAGAUGCACAUGAAGAACGUGCUAGCGUAUGGGUUGUCCAAGUUUCGAAUCAAGCUGCUCAAGACAGAACUACACACGAUGCGGGUCCAGACGAAGGUGCAGAUCGACGAAAUGCAGGUUGUGGGCAAUUAUACGAUGAGUACAUUCUUUAACCGGGCAGAAGGUCCGUUCGAGGUCGUGUUGAAGAACGUCAUGACCAAAGGAAAUGUAUCGUUGGGUGUCGAGCGUGAUGGAAAAGUUCGGACUCAAGACAUUAGCUUGGAUAUUGAAUUCGACGAUAUGUCGAUGGACUUUCAGAACUUAGGCUUCAUGGGAAGCAUUUUCCAGAGUGUGGUGAAUUCGGCUUCAAAUUUGGUGUUCGAUACGAUCAAACCAUUCAUGUUGAGUGAAGCGUAUAGCAAAAUUCGGGCAGAAAUCGACACGAGGGUUGAAAACAUGACUAGUGAAUACAAUAUCUUGUUCCCGAACUCAAUUUCUCCAUUGGACAUGGCCAUCGGGGAAGCGCGUAGUCUUGUUCGUAACAAGAAAUUUGAUCCUUUCCUUAUUCCCGACUACAAUACGACGGCGGGUAUCUUUGGCAUGCAGACUUCGCACACCUGGAUACGGGGAGUAUCGAGUUUCUAUCGCUAUGGAGAUAUAGGCAUCGAAAUGCAAAACAACACGGUUGCGCUGUCGAUGAAAGUUGGUACACAGCGUGUCAAGGGUUCGACGCAGUGGGAAGUUUCGGUUGGUCGCGGAAUGGUUACACGGGCAGGUCAGGCUCAGUUCACCGUGGAACACAUCAAGGUGGCAUUCGAAGUACAGCAGCCGCUUGAUCUGCGCAGAAAGCCGAAACUGAAUGAUAUACAGCUUGAGCUGGGAAACAUACAAGUUCGGUGCGAUGGGGCCGGAACCCUGGACUACGUCAUCGAGGCCGUGGUUAAUAUUCUGCCGAACCUGUUACGCUACCAAAUAAUGGAUGCUAUUGAAAAUCCGCUCAAAACACGUAUCCAGGAAAAGCUGGACUGCAUAAACGUUGAGCAGAUGAUCAAAAAGCAUGUCAAGGAGUACGAGCGACAUGGCAUGGAGAUGAAAAUAGAUUUCAAAAUUUGUUAGUUUUUAAUUCUAGUGUAUUCCAUACGAACAAUGAAGAAUUUUUUGUUUGUA